AUGGACUACUUUCGACACCUCGGUCGGGGGGGCUGUUCUUCAUCCUCCUCCGCUGCUUUCUCCUCCGCUGCCGCCGAAGCAGCGACGACGAAGCGCGAAUCGGCAGCAACGAUGCGCCAAGACUCGCCCAUCUCGGACAUCGACGACACGGCACCCGGCGACGGCGCGAAAGGCGACAUCACGAUCGAUGCGGGCAUCCGGGCUGUCCUCGAGGCCGCGAAGCUCGCUAACGCCACCACUGCCGCCACUGCUGUCGCUGCCACUGCCGCUUUUGCCGAACAGCAGGCUCCUACGCUUCCUAGCAGCUUCAUUCAGCAGCCUGAUGUCGUGGAGGAAACAGAGUCGCUGGUCAAGGCCGAGCAGAGCGGCGCUGUUGGUGUCCGAGGCGGCGGUGCUCAGGGCGGGCGAAACGAUGACGAGGAGGACGAUGUGAUGAUGGUCGAUGAGGCUCUGGGGGAGCAGAAGGAGAAACCCCAGAAGCAGCAGCAGCAGCAGCAGCAGCAGCAGGGAGCAGAGGAGGCGGAGAUGGACGAAUUGGAGGACGACGACGUUGGCGAUAGUGCCGUGUGCGAGAAGGAUGGACCGCGGAGUGUGCGCGAACAGCAUCCAUCGCCUGAACCUGUUUCUCAGUCUCCCGGAAACGAAUCCGCUGACACCACGCUCGCCACCACUACCACCACCGCUAUCCCUUCCCCUGCACCUAUUCAUCCACACGCCCGCACCACGCACCCCGACGCCCGCGCCAUCAUCUCGAUCAACAUCCGAGACGCCAACAACUACGACACCUACUUCCACUGCCGACCUGAUACCAAGCUAGCCAAGCUGCUGCACGCGUACGCUGACCGGUACGACGUGGACAUUAGCAAGAUGCGCUUCGUCUCGGAGCACGGCGUGCAACUGCCCAAGGCAGACCGCACGGCAACGGUGCGCAGCGCGGGGCUGGCGGACGGCGACGAGAUCGACGUCAUGCUCGAGCAGAUCGGCGGGGCUGGUGCUCGUGCUUAG